AUGAAAGCCCACAUUAGACGAUAUGUGAACGAGAAGCACGAUGUGGCAACUGCUGCAAAAAUGAAGGAAGCUCUUGAGUCUCAUGGAGGUGUCAGAGGGAGCAGAGUAGCUGUUGCCGCUGUUAACUUAGCUAAUGAAACUGGUGGGACAAACAAAAUCAAAGGAAUUAGCAAGCUAAACAAUUUUGAGUUUACAGAAGAGGGAAUUCGCAUUUGGAGUGCAUACCAAAUUGGUCCCGGAAAACUGGUGUCGUGUGAAGGAAUGAAACCACAGGGGAAGACUGGAUUGAAGUUGUUACAACCUUUUGGGGCAAUUCCCCAGGCCCAAGGCAUUUUCAACACGAGGCCCACUUAUAAAGAGCGAUCCGCCAAAAAUCAGGUCUUUUUCUGCGAGACACCAGGCUGCGUGGUAACGUUUGAAAACGAAAACGAAGCACAAAAUCAUAUGGACACUGGAGUUCAUAAGCUUGUUUUGGAACGCGAAACACUUUACGACAGUGUGCGAAGAAAAUGGGCGCAGCAUGUUACCGAAAUAGCUUCCCGGACGACUCUGAGCGUGCCAACUACAUCAACCCGAGCGCUUGGUACAAGCAAUGGAAAUGAAGCUCCCACUUCGCAGGGUCGGGCACUAAAAGGUCAAAAAACUGCUACUAAGACCUCCGAGAACGUUAAACGUUUUUUGAUUGCAAAAUUCAAUGAGGGCCUUAGUGGCCAGAAGGCAAAUCCGUCAGAAGUCGCAAAGGAGAUGCAGGAAGCUAAGGACUCGAAUGGUUCACCUGUAUUUUUGCCAGAAGACUGGAAAACUGCACGGCAAAUAAGCAGCUUUUCUUCACGACUGUCAGCAUUAAAGAAAAGCAGUCAUGUCGCUGCAGUAACAUUACGUGAUGAAGAAAAUGUCGAUGAAGAGGAUCUUAGGAGCUGGGAAGAUCGCUUAGAAGCAGAGAGUAUACGGAAGGAAAUGUACAGUGCAGUGGAUCUUCAACACCCAGUU